AUGGGGCAGCUCUUCGCGAAGCUGCUGAGCGUUUUCGGAAGCCGCGGUAGGAACCCCCCGCGCCCUCCCACGCUUUCUCGUCGCCCCUGCACCUUGCCUCGUCCCCCCCCGCCCCGCUGCCUCCCUUCCUCUCCUCCCUGUUUCCCCCUCUUUUGUUGCAAACUUUGCAUCCAUCCUCCUUUCUCUUUUUAUGGACUUCGCUCUGGUUUCCAUUCCUUUGUGUGAUUUUUCUCCUUCCCUGGCGGGUCCCCCCCCCCUUGCUUCCUUUUGCUCUCCUCUUUUGGUUUCUUUCUAGGCUGCCUUCGUUUCUCUUGAGUUGCUCCUCUCUGUUUUGCUGCUGUUCUUCCCCUCUCGUCAGUUUCGCCUUCAUCUCUCUCUCCCCCCCCGUCUUCUCUCCGCGUUUGUUUUCUGUUUUGUCCUUUCUUCAGUCACUUUCUCUCUCCUCGUCGCCCCCUUUUAAGGAAUUUUAAGGCCAUCUGGGAGGGUGAAAUGGAGGGGAGGGGGAGACGAGCCCUGACCUUUUCAACACACCAGAAGAAAGAAGCUUUGGGCUGCUGUGGAAAGAAUGGCUUUUGCUGCGAGUUGGGUGCGAGAGAGUUGGCACGGUGGCCUCGUUUGCAUUGUACAUAUAAAGACUAUGAUACCACCUUAAACAGCCAUGGAUUCCCCCAAAGAAUUCUGGGAGCUGUAGUUCGAUAAGGGUGCCGCGAGUUGUUAGCAGACCCCCAGUUCCUCUGACAAAUCUGCAAUUCCCAGAGUUCCCUGUGAAAGGCGGGUGGGGUGGACCAUUUCAUAGCUUUGUGAAGCAAAUACAGUAGGGACAUUGCUCAGCACCCUUAGCAAACUACAUCUCCCAGGGUUCUUUGGGAGGGGGCUGUUUAAAGUGGUAUGAUGCUGCUUUAAAUACACAGAAGGGGCCUUCUGUGUGUGUGUUGCUUAAAUUGUGUUAUCGGUGGAAAGAGAUUUCCAUGUUACAAGGCAGCAGGAGUUAGAAUGACACCUGUGUGGGCAUCUGCCAUCCAACGAUCUACUUGAGAUUCCUGCAUUACAGGGGGUUGGACUAGAUGACCCCUGAGGUCCCAUCCAGUUCUACAGGGUGACUGAUCCUGAAAGCUUGGAGGGACGUUGCUGUUGAUCAUCUAUAAUGCAGCGUUUUCUCUGAAGCAAUUAGCAUCUUUCAUGUUUCCUUGUGGGCUGCGGUGUAUAGAGCCAGCUGACGUAUGCAUAACUCAAUAUGUGCCUGGCACGCUUGCUAGGUUAAAUAACUUCUGUCUGGUGAGGGCAAAAAACAGUGACUGGAUUUGUGUUAUUAAGAGGGCAGGCUGGGGUCUGUGUGAAGUGUUGUGUGUGUGUGUGUGUGUGUCUUAGAUGUAGAGGAGAAGGAGAAAGUCUGUUGGGGAACAGAUGGGAUAAGGGAGCGAGCAAAGGCUGCCUUUGACAGCUGCGUUUAAAUGUGAAGUUAUUGGGAGGAGGAAAACCUGUAGCUAUUGUACCUCUCAGUGCAUUUUCCAUUUGAAUCCAGAUGGACAAUAGAGCAAGUAGAUCUAGAUCAGGCAUGUUCAAAGUCUGUUUCGGGGGCCGAAUAUGGCCCGCCGGUCGGUUUAAUCUGGCCCCUGUGGCAGUUUAUAGUUUAUUUCCUGGGGCAAAAUCCUAAAAAAACUCAACAAUUUCAAUCCUAAAAAAUAGGUUAACAACUUUGGUCGGCCCUCACAGCCCUUCACUUCAUCAAAUCUGGCCCUCUUUGAAAAAAGUUUGGACACCACUGAUCUAGACAAAUCCAUUUCCUUGGGGAAUGUUGUGUGUUGGCUGUGUGAGGAAGCUACCACCCUCCUCCUGGUGACUACAGGAAACUGUGGAAGGUUCAGGGGUUUUCUUUUUUGUGUGAGGGGGACGGCACAGCCCCUCUUGUCUGUGUUUGGUACAGCUCGCUAGCUCAGGCAGGUGUUUGGUGGCAAGAGGAUUUUCCAUCCUUUGUUCAGACCAUCUUUCAUGUUGGUGGGGCUCUUUUGUCUGGCAGUGAAAAACCCGCUUCUGCUCAGAGCCUUUUAAGACCUUGGGGGGUGGGAAGUGAUAAAGACCUCUUUGUGAGAGAUUCUUGUCUUGCACACCACUUGCAUGCUGGCAAGUUUUGCAUUUCCGUUUCUAAAUACACGUUUAUAUGCAGAGGUUCCUUCACACUCCUGUAGAAACACUUGUGACCGCAUGUGUUAGUAGGAGAAUAUUUUCCUGUGAAUAUUUUCACAAAGCAGGCACAAACCUGCAUGUAAGAUGCACGCAUACUUGAAAAUGUGUGCAGGCAGACCUUGUUCAAAGUGCUACAAACUGGUGUGUGUGUGUGCGUGUGCAUGUAUUGAACACACAACUGUCCUGGGCCAGAGAAUGCAGCCUUUUUCCAAACUCCAGUUUUCCAAACUGGAGUCCUUCAGAACUACAGCUCCCAGAAGCCUCCACCAGCAAUGCCAUGUUAUCAUGGCUGAUGGAGGUUGUAGUCCCAAGCCCCAGGUUGAAGGAGGCUGUCAGUGUUCGAAAUUAGCCAGGUGUGUUUUGCACCUGACAUCUCCACCAUCUGGAGGUGCAUGCCUGGGAUCAGGACCCACUGACACCACAUCCUGUAGAAUUCUGUCUGUUAUAUUUUAUCUGCACGAUCGGAAUGAAUUUCUGGAACCAAAAUGCUUUUUCUGUGCAGCCUGAGCAGGAGCAGUCGCCAUUAAUAAUAGCCAAAUAUAUAUGUGGGCUGUUCCUGGAUCAAGCAACUUUUCUUCUUUGAAGUUCUCAGAGCUCUUAACCUAGCUCAAGGUUGUCAUCUGAACUAGCCAGAUGUUUCACUGAGAAUCAAUCACUGCCAGUCCAUCAUUUGGAAAAUAAAACAUUGGAACCGCCUUGCCUCAAAAUGGCAACUAGACAUUCUUUUGCCCUGCUCCUCACCCUCCCUGGGUGCUCUUCCUUAGCUAGAUGUGUCUUUGAAGUGUGAUGAUGCCUCUUGCUUGCAAUGAUGGAGAGAUUUGUUUGUUGAAACCUCUGGCUUCUGCGCAGCUGGAAUUUAGCCUACUGCAGGCAAGAGUCUCAUCCAUUGCUGUACAGUUGUACCACGGAAGUCGAACGGAAUCCGUUCCAGAAGUCCGUUCGACUUCCAAAACGUUCAGAAACCAAAGCGCGGCUUCCGAUAGAUAGAUAGAUAGAUAGAUAGAUAGAUAGAUAGAUCAGCUAAACCUCAACGAAUCUGCAUUCUGGGAUCUAAGAGGACCUAAUAGGGAUUCAGCUGAAAUCAACAAAGUGCUUUCUGUUGGGAGGACUUCCCCAUCCUACACUUGUUUUGGAAGUCCGUCGUUCUCUCUCCCUUUUGGUUUAAUGUAGGUCAGGGAUGGGUAACCUUUGGCCAUCCAGUGGUUCCUGGGCUCCAGCCCCCAUCACCCCUAGCCAGCAUGGCCCAAGGGAUUAUGGGUAAUGUUGUUCAGCAUCAUUGUGAACGCCACAGUCCGUUCAUCCCUGAUGUAGGCAUCCCUGUGUUAGCUUGUGUUGCAAUGACAACAACAAAGACUACAGUUGUACCUCGGAAGUCGAAUGUUUGGGAACCAAGGUGCAGCUUCCUGCAGCCAAUCAGAAGCUGCAGCGGACGUUUGGGUUCCAAAGAAUGUUUGCAAACCAGAACACUCACUUCCGGGGUUGCGGCGUUCAGGAGCCAAGCUAUGACUGUACCUAGUUUGCACCUGGCCCCUGGGAGGCUCUGUAUGAGCACAUGUGGCCCUUGGCUGAAAAAGUUUCCUUAAUUCCGUGGGUGGGUGUGGGUGAAAUUGCUUUCUGGAGAAGGAAGGAAAUUCUACUGCAAGGUAAAGAAUCAACACAAUGGAAGAAUUGGUUUUCUCCAGAGUCAUAUCCCAAGUCUGGCCUCACAUAACAGACUCAUAUACAAGCCUCAUGUGUUUUUUCUGACAUUUGAGACCAUGCGGUUAAUUCUUCACUUCAUCACUUUUAAUUUGCAUACCGCCUUUCUAUACAAGGUGAUUUAUAAGCUGAAGAAACAACAAAAUACACAGCAAAGACCACACACCUCAUAACAAUCUGAGCCAAUGCAAACAAGUUAUAAUAAAAUCAUAACUUUAAAAUAAACUACAUGUGUAUAUCAAAUAAAGCAAUAUUCGACCGUCCAUUACAAUAUAAUAAAGCAAACAGUAAAAUUAAGUUUCAGCAAAUAAUAAUUGAACAGUUUGCACUUGACAGUUGCAACAAAGAAUUACUAAGCUACACUUAAUUAAAGUAACAGCAAGUCGUAAUGCAUAAAAUACCACAAAACAUAACAAAACCACUAAUGGAGUCUGUUAUGUGAGGCCAGUCUUGGGAUACGUCUCUGGAGAAAACCAAUUCUUCCAUUGUGUUGAUUCUUUACCUUGCAGUAGAAUUUCCUUCCUUCUCCAGAAAGCAAUUUAACUGUUUAUCUGAUGGAGCCACCAAACACUUUCUUAAUAGGUAGGGAGCUGAUAUUUUAAAACAUGGCUCUUGGCCAAAAGCAACAAAAAAGCCUUUCUUGUUACCUAAUCUGGCCAUAUAUGGAAUUUUUACCCUAGCCGUAUGUGGGAGAUGGGGAGAGACAGGUUAUCAUCUACAACUUGCAGCGUAAAACAAACUUUUCCUGAAAUGUUUAUGAACUAAAACACUUGUCGAGUGGGGAGUUGUUCACUGGAGUCUUGGCUUUUAACCUCGGCCAUAACCACGUACAACCUGUUUGUUUUGUGUCCCGAUUUCUUCUGUGUACUCUGCUGCAAAGUUGGUUUCUAAAGUGCCCAAGGGAUGGAACGGAGGAAAGUGAAAUUCCGUUCGUACCUGAUUUUUUUGCUGAUAGGAAUAGAAAGAAGUAUAAAGGCCAUAUGCAGCUUGUGCCAAACUUUUCCCUUGCUCCAGGCAUCCUUUGGACUCCACAAUUGUGUGCUCUGAUGCCUUUGCUACACUGGCUGGGGAUGCAACGUUUGCUUCCAAGUCUUUGCUUUCUUGUAGCUUAAGUUCGAAUUGUGGUUCCUCUUUGAGCUCUCUAAGGUUCUUGGUAAUGCAAGGGGCAAGUACAGUGGUGCCUUGGUUCUCAAACGCCUUGGUACUCAAACAACUUGGAACCCAAACACUGCAAACCUGGAAGUAAGUGUUCCGGUUUGCGAACUUUUUUCAUAAGCCGAACAUGCUCUGUUUUGAGUGUUACGCUUCCGAUUUAAGUGCCACAAUUCCAUUUUGAGUGUUACGUUGAGGUCUGUCUGUUUUUGCUUUUUAUUUUGUGUUUUGGUUUUUGAGGCUCUUUUUCUUUUGUUUUUGUGACUGUGUGGAACCCAGUUCAACUAUUGAUAGAUUGAUUGAUUGUGUGUCUGCAGUACAUUGUUUAUGGCUUUCAUUUAAGGAUCAAUGGUCUCGUUAGAUAGUAAAAUUCAUGUUAAAUUGCUGUUUUAGGGGUUGUUUUUAAAAGUCUGGAACGAAUUUGCAUUACUUUCUAUGGGAAAGUGCACCUUGGUUUUGGAACGCUUUGGUUUUGGAACGGACUUCCAGAACGGAUUAAGUUUGAGAACCAAGAUACCACUGUAAUGAAAAAAGGGGAUGACAAAGUGAGUACACACAUUGCAGUCCACGUGUUGGUUUGCUUGGCUCCUAAUACUAAGCCAUGGUUUGUUUUUGAAACAAACCACAACUCAUCCUAUAGGUGACCAAACAAACCAUGGCCUUAUUACCCCAAAUUUGGAUCCCGCCCCCCAGCUCUUCUUACCUUAUGCCUUUGUAGUUUGGUGAAAAUCUAGGGUGGGGUGGUCAUAGAAACCAUGGUUAUGGAAGGCUGCUGGGGUCACACACAUAAUGCCACAGUUAAAACAAUUAAGGUUUUACCCAAGUAUACCCAAGAACAAACCAUGGCUUCAGAUCAUGGUUUUCAUAGAAUUGUAGAGUUGGAAGGGAUGACAAGGGUCCUUUGUUGGCAGUAAAGACACCACACUUAAAGAGGCUGGACGGGAUUCACACAACACUAAGCUAAGGUUUAGUAAAACCAUAGCUUGGUGUUAUGUGCGAUAGCAAAAGAUUGCUUGGUCGAUGUGGAUGCCACAGCUUUUGGAAGUAUAGAAACAGAGCUGGACCCAUAGAAACAGAGAGAGGAACUCGUACAUCACUGCGAGUUUCUCCAGUGUUGGUGCUCCUCUGAUCUGUGCCAAACAGUUGCUAUUUGAGUUUGAUUCAUUGUCAGUAAUUUGUAAUGACAGGUCCCCAGCGGGAGGGCGGGGUGUUGUGUGAGGAUACAAGACUGGGUUGUGUGGGGUUGCAAGGCUGGGUUGAUGGGGCCCUGGCAGUUGCACAAGGAUGUCUAGAGAGGAACACACUGGCAUGGGAAAAAGCUGAGUUUGGGAUACUCCAGGACAUAUUAUGCCUGUUGUUCGUUGUCUUCCAGUCAAACUAUUCAUGUAUAGCCACUGUUUCAGCUGCAAAAGGUUAUGCAUGUAUGACAAUUGAGCGUCUUUGCUUAAGAAACUUUCUGUUCCUGUUUAUAAGAAUGCUGAAUUGCUCUUUGUCGCUCAAACUUGGGCAGCAUGGCGGUAGUCUUCUUGUGCACAGGGGAAUAUGCUAGCUAGAGGAUGAUAGGUUUCUGUUUUACUGCCAUUGCUGCCAAGGAGAGUUUGGGUCAUGCAGCUUCCAUUCCUAACUCUUCCUUUUUCAGUUUGCUGCUUUGAAAGUGUGCAGAAAAAGGGGCACUUUGCACUUCUUCAAGCAAGGUUAGGAAACACAUCUUUCUCUCCCUCCCUCCCUCCCUCUCUCUCUCUCUCUCUCUCUCUCUCUCUCUCACACACACACACACACAAUAUUCGCACAUGCACAUUUAUGGCAUAGAUGCAAAUCUAGAAAGAAUUACUGUAACCUAAAUAGAUAUUCAGUCUGUUGUGCCAGAACGGGGAAGAUUUUGAUCAGGAGAACCCAACAUCGCUGCUCGGUUACUCUCUAGCUGCUAACUAUUGAUGAUGGGCAGGUUCAGCCCCCCUCCCCCCUUUCUGCCUUCUUGGGGUGAUUGACAUUUCAACUGGACUUAGACAGGCAACCCUUCAAACAAAAUAUACCUUCCAACAGAGGAUGAGGAAGUAAGACGCAUGAUCACCUUAGACAGGGUGGGCUGCAUAUGCCAUUCUGAGUUCCUUGGAAGAGAUUGAGAAAAGUCACAUUCACCUUCUAGUAGUCAAAAGUUGAAACUUGAUUGGGAUGACUGACUCAGACUGGUAGAACUUUCAGAAUAGCUGUGAAUAAGCAUGUUUGGUACAUGUGUGGAGUCUAAAUUUGGUAAUAAGAGCAAAGUGUUACUGCAGUGGCCCAUGACAUUUCUGAGGAGUGGGGCACCCCUGGAAGUCUCUUAAACAACUACAGUGGUACCUCAGGUUAAGUACUUAAUUCGUUCCGGAGGUCCGUACUUAACCUGAAACUGUUCUUAACCUGAAGCACCACUUUAGCUAAUGGGGCCUCCUGCUGCCGCUGCGCCACCGCUGCACGAUUUCUGUUCUCAUCCUGAAGCAAAGUUCUUAACCUGAAGCACUAUUUCUGGAGUCUGUAACCUGAAGCAUAUGUAACCUGAAGCGUAUGUAACCUGAGGUACCACUGUACAGGUUUUGUUGUUGUUUAAAGUUGUGCAUGCAAAUGAUUCUAUGGUAAAGGUAAAGGUACCCCUGACCGUUAGGUCCAGUCAUGGGCGACUGUGGGGUUGCACGCUCUGUAGGCAAAGGGAGCCGGCGUUUGUCCGCAGACAGCUCACGAGUCAUGCGGCCAGCAUAACUAAGCCGCUUCUGGCGAACCAGAGCAGUGCACGGAAACGCCUUUUACCUUCCCACCGGAGCGGUACCUAUUUAUCUACUUGCACUUUGAUGUGCUUUCGAACUGCUAGGUUGGCAGGAGCUGGGACAGAGCAACGGGAGCUCACCCCAUCACCGGGAUUCGAACUGCCGACCUUCUGAUCAGCAAGUCCAAGAGGCUCUGUGGUUUAGACCACAGCACUACCCGCUGAGUCCAUAAAAACAAAGAUCCAUAUAAGGCUGUGCUCCCCACUCCACCCCCCCAGCCAUGAUUUCAUUGGUGAUAUUGGGCAAAAAGCUACCCUUCAACUUUACUUUUUCUCCAACUCCCCGAUCACAGUUCAGUGUAUGGACCAGUUAAAUAAAUCUCAAACUGUAUUUUCCUUAGAAACUUGUUGAUCAAAAUCUUGAACAUCUGUUGUGUUUUAUUCCCCUCCAGAGCAUAAAGUAAUAAUUAUUGGCUUGGACAAUGCUGGGAAAACCACCAUCCUCUACCAGUUGUGAGUACCUCCCUCACACAUUGAAUUUUUAUUUAUGUUCAACUUACUGGUUAGAUACAGUAUGAGGGAUUCUGUGAAGCAUGCACACCAUACAUUUAAUGCAACCACUCAAAGAAUCCUGGGAACUGUAGUUUAAGGCUGCUGGGAAUGAUAGCUUUGUGAAGAGUAUACUCCAAUUUUGAAGGGGGAGUUUGCUUUAAACGUGCUUUAGAUGUAUGGUGCAUAUGCAGGUUGCAUUGGGACUUGGCGCAAGACUGAGCCUGUUUCAAAUGUCAGGGCUAAACUGUGCCUCACAGUUUAUACAGGAGGGGAGCAGCCAUGUCUGCACAUUGCAAAAAGCCACUCUUAUCUUGAUGCAAUGCCUGCUGAGCAUUGACCAGUUGCUCCCACUUUUCUUCUCACGAGAUGGGGAGAAACAAACCUUUGCUUCCUGUUAUGUCUGAACCAGGACUCAUGGUUUGUUCAGCUUCCUGAUAGCAGCCAACAACUGACUAAUAAUCGUUGCUUGAUAAGGAGAAGACAAUUACUGAUUUGGACAUAACAGGAAGCCAAGGCUUCCUGGUUAGUUUCUCUUGUUCACACCCAGUAAAGGAGCAAAGUAGAAGUGACCAGACAGUGUACGUUUGCAUGUUGCUUGUUCACAGUAUUGUGUGACGUGCAGAUAUGGGCCUUUUGUACCUAAAUGGUGCAACUGAAUUCACUAUGGGUAGCACUCACUAUGGGUGGCACUAGAACUUAGCUGAAUACAACUCUUUGUACCCAAAGAUAAUACCUGAAAUAUUAAUAAAAUAAAAUAAUAAAAUAAAAUAGAGAGAGAGAGAGAGAGAUCAGCUAAACCUCAAGGAAUCUGCAUUCUGGGAUCUAAGAGGACCUAAUAGGGAUUCAGCUGAAAUCAACAAAGUGCUUUCUGUUGGGAGGACUUCCCCAUCCUACACUCAUUUUAGAAGUCCGUAAUUCUCUCUCGCUUUUGGUUUAAUGUAGGUCAGGGAUUGGUAACCUCUGGCCAUCCAGUGGUUCCUGGGCUCCAGCCCCCAUCACCCCUAGCCAGCAUGUAGCCCACAUGUAGCCCUCAGGCCUUGAGUUGGACACUGUGCUGUGGAAUAUUCUUCCCAGGGAGAUUCUUCUGGUGCCUUCAUUAUGCUGUAUACUUCUAGGAGCCAGGCAAAAAUGUUCCUCUUUAACCAGGCCUUUGGCUGAUUGACAUCCAAUGCCCUUUAAAAAUGUGUUUGGGAGGGGGGAAUUCUUGAGGUUUUUUUAAAAAAUGUGUAUUGUAUUUUUAUAUUGUGAUUUUCUCUUGUGAACCACCCUGAGACCUGCAGGUAUAGGGCAGUAUACAAAUUUUAACAACCACAACAACCUUUUCCCAUUGGCCUUUGUGUAUUGCACAAAGUGUAUUGCACAGAGCUGUGUAUUGUACAGAGCUCUGUAUUGCACAGCUCCCCAAUGCCAAGGCAGGGUUACUGUUGCCGGAAAUCAGCCUUACCCUCCAGUCUGGACCCUUCCAAAUGUUGGUGGCCUCUCGUCAGCUUCACCCACCAUGGCCAAUCGCCAGGGAAGAUGGGAGUUGUAGUCUAGCCACUUCCAUAGAGAUUCGGGUUGAGGAAUCCUGUGUCACAAGCCUUCCCAGCAUCUCCAAGGUGUUGUAGAUUGUUAAUCGGAGCCAGGGGAGGAAGGCCAACGUGUCUCAUAAGCCCAGCUCAUUUUUGCAGGUUGGAGGGUGGCGAGGUAGCUGUUGAGGGCUCAGGCGGCUUACUUCUCUGAUCUCCUUCCAGCCUAAUGAACGAGGUCGUGCACACAUCUCCUACGAUCGGCAGCAACGUGGAGGAAAUCGUCCUGCGCAAGACACACUUCCUGAUGUGGGACAUUGGUGGGCAGGAAACCUUGAGGUCUACUUGGCACACCUACUAUUCCAACACAGAGGUGAGCUGUAUGGAUUCAGCCAAAUAAGGCGAAAGUAAAUUAGAGGGUUGGGACGCGGGUGGCGCUGUGGUCUAAACCACAGAACCUAGGGCUUGCCAAUCAGAAGGUUGGUGGUUCAAAUCCCCAUGACGGGGUGAGCUCCCGUUGUUCGGUCCCAGCUCCUGCCAACCUAGCAGUUUGAAAGCACGAAGUGCAAGUAGAUAAAUAGGUACUGCUCUGGCGGGAAGGCAAAUGGUGUUUCCGUGCGCUGCUCUGGUUCUCCAGAAGCGGCUUAGUCAUGCUGGCCACACGAUCCAGAAGCUGUCUGCAGACAAAUGCUGGCUUGCUCCCUUGGCCUAUAGAGUGAGAUGAACGCGCAACCCCAGAGUCGUCCGCGGCUGGACCUAACAGUCAGGGGUACCUUUACCUUUACCUAAAUUAGGGAGUUAGACUAAACAUUAGAAGAAUUUCCUAAUGGCACAAGCUGCUUGACCUUGGAAGAUGCUCUGCCGUAUUAGCAGAGGCUAGGUGGCCAGCUUUUAUCAGGCAUGCUGUCGCAGAAGUGGAUUUUCUGGACUGGCAGUGGGCUGGACUUAGAUGACCUUUUAGGCACUUCCCAGUUCUGAUUCCAUGAAAAGAAAUAUUGCAGCGUAGAGAAGAUCCAGAAUGAGUGACCCUCUGCCCUAGAAGACAUCACAUCUCCCUGUUGAACUACCUACCUGGAUGCAAGCAUGAUCCUCUCAACCCAUUCACCUUCUGCGAAGCAACCUGUUCCAUCCAGAUUGGGGUGAGAUUAGCAGAGGGUUAGGUGUUUUACAGAAAAAGGUGCCUGUAAAGAAAUGCAGAUUAUUUGAGCCAUGUGCAGUUAGAAGAAGACUCAAAGUGCCCUUCUAGGGUCACUGGCCAAUUAGACCUGGGCGGCAAUUCCUUCCCAAUAUAAACUAGGGCUCCAGGUUCCCUGCCUUGGACAGUGACUAAGGCUGAGCUACAGAUCAUGUUUCGACCAUGAGCUCACUAAGUUGCCUUAGGCUAGUUGUCCUGCACUCAGUCUUGUGAGCUCCCACUUGCAACCUGAAGUGCUGCUGUCCAUUCACAGCUUCCUGGCCUGCUGUUUGUGAGAUCUAGGUGUUAGUGGCUGCUUAACAAUUCUGGUUGGAGAAGAGCCAUAACUCAGUGAAGGACAUGUUUUGCAUGUGGAAGAUCUCAGGUUUGGUAUACCAGGUAGAGCUGAGACAGAUGAUACCCCUGCCUGUCAAUUACCUGAUGUCACAGGGACAUCAGGUGACCUGUUUUCCUUCACCUGCAUAGUUACAAAGGCACAUCAGCUGAUGGACUUUCAGCAGGGAGCUUGCUCCACACCUGGCAUCAUCUCUAGGGCUAGUGGGCAUGGCUUGGCCGAAACUUCCUUUUAGGCCAAAUGAGGUGGCUCGGCUUGAGUUUCUCCCCAACUUGCUGCAGACAACACUGGGCUGGAAGGACCAAUUUCUGACCUAGUGCAAGUUUGGAAGGCUGGUGUCAUGAAUUUAGUUCAUUGUGUUCCGCACUGCCUAUCCUGGAAAUUGUUUCACGUUGCAAUGUAGUUGGUGGCCAGUUCAGGACAUCGUGACUCACCUGCUAUCUGAUGAACAGAAAUAUCUGUCCCCUCAACUUGCACUGUUUGAAGUUCCAGCGUGGAAAAUGCACACAGUAAUUUUGAACCCAAGUGUCAGUGGUUUGCAGAGGUGACGCAUUAAUUUGAGCAAGCUGAAAUUUUAAAAAGAGUAAACCCCCAGAAGUUCCAAGGUGGAUUAUAACUUUGAUCUGAUUUUAAGGGAAGAUUAUAUUUACUUGUGCUGUAUGCUUGCGUAUAUUAUUGUACAGUCAUACCUCGUGUUGCGUUUGCUUCAGGUUGAGCGUUUUCAGGUUGCGUCCCGCGGCGACCCGGAAGUACCGGAAAGGGUUACUUCCGGGUUUUGCUGUUCACGCAUGCACAGACGCUCAAAAUGACGUCACGCACAUGCGCAGAAGUGGCGACUCGCGACCCGCACAGACAUGCAGACACAGGUUGCGUUCUGUUCAUGUUGUGAACGGGGCUCCAGAACGGAUCCCGUUCGCAACCAGAGGUACCACUGUACUUGCAAUGGCCUGUGGUUGCAAGCAUUAAAUAGCUAUCGACUCAGUAUAAGGUAGAUUCCUCUGGCAAAAACCAUAGCUCAGUCAUUGUGCACAUGCUCUGCAUACAUAAAGCCCCAUAGUCUCUCUCUGGCAUCUGCAGGUAGAGAGGGGAAAAGACAGACCCUUCCUGAACUCCCAGAGAGUCACACACAGGCUGUAUAAAUAAUACGAACCUAGAUGGACUCACAGUCUGACUCAGUCAAAGGCAGUUUUCCUUUCCGGUAUUCACAGUUGUCUCAAACCCAAAUAGCCGUGUUCUGUCUACUAUUUUAUCCCUCUUGGCAUAUUUACACUGCAAAAUACAUUCCCUAACCCGUGCUUAGCUAGGCUUUGCUAGCCUUUCUUCCCAGGUCGUUGGGAAUGAGGCUAAAAUAAUAUUUUGUUGGGAGGAACGAGACUUGAGCCCUGUCUGCGUCACACGCAGCUCUCCGUCUGCUCUGGCAGAACAAAGCCAGGCCGAGACACGUCCGUUUGACUGCCAAGAGGACAUUCUUGACAUUUCUAGAAGCAGAAUGUUCCCGCCCCCUUCGUUUCCCCCAACCACCGCCUAUGUGUUUUCUCAGUUUUUGCCUAGGCACCAGAUCAACAAAGCAAGACAAUCUACUCACCCAAAAUAAACCCCUUUUUAAAACAGUUUUCACACCAAUUAUGUAUCGCUUAUGGGAGAAGUUGAGAAAACUCGAUGGCCCUGUGUAUUCUUUCUCUCUCUACCCCUCCGACAAAAAUUUUAAUUUGGUACGCAAAUGCGUAAUUUCUUGGCAUGUAUAAAUUGAGCAGUUUUUGUUUCUGUGUGUGUAUGUUGCAUAAAUUUGAUGCUGUUUAUGGCAAGUGACCGGGAAGGGCCAUAGCUCAGGGGUAAAACAUUUGCUUUGCAUGUAGAACAGGGUUUCCCAAACUUAUGUUUCCAGCUGUUUUGGGGCUACAGCUCCCAUCAUCCCUCGGUACCAGGACCAGUGGUCAGGAGUGAUGGGAAUGGUAGUCCAAAAAUAGCUGGAGACCCAAGUCUGGGAAACCCUAAUGUGGAAGGUCUUAGGUUCAGUUCCCCAAAUCUCCAAGUUGUGAUGGGAAAAGACUCCUAUCUGAACCCCCAUCCCAAGAGCCGCUGCCAACCUGUGUAGACAUGGCUACAUGGACCCAGUGUUCUGACUUUGUAUAGGGCAGAUUCCAAUGUUUCUAAGCGGCAGAGCCAGGAGCUAUACAGAGCCUAUAACCAAAUUCCUGCUCAGCCAUGACCUCUGCCAUCCACUCCUUGGCUUUUUUGAGGUUUUGCCCAGCUUUACUUUGAUGUUGUUUUUUCUUCUUCUUUCCCCAUCUUGUUCCAUAAAAUUUUAAUUUUUCAUAAUGCAGUACAGUGGUACCUCUGGAUACGAACGGGAUCCGUUCCAGAGCCCCAUUUGCAUCCAGAAGCGAACGCAACCCGCAACUGCGCGCCUGCACGUGUGUGGGUCACGAUUCGCCACUUCGCGCAUGCGCGUGAUGUCAUUUUGACCGUCUGCGCAUGCGCGAGCGGCGAAACCCGGAAGUAACACACUCCGUUACUUCCGGGUCACCGCGGAGCGCAACCCAAAAGCGCUCAACUUGAAGCACAUUUAAUCCGAGGUAUGACUGUACAAUAAAAAAACCCCAAACGAAUCUAAAUGAAAACAAAAACUGGAGGUGCAAGGUCUUCUGCUACCACAAGGGGGCUCUCUCCAGCCCGCCCACCCCCCAGUCGGGCCAGGAGGGGUUUGGAGGAGCCCCCAGAACAUCGUGCAGAAGAGGAGAUUGCCUCAUUUUUUUUACAUGCCAUUUGAAAGACUAAAAAGUUGUACUUAGGAGAACUUCAGGAGAGGGAGGUCUUUCCACAGAAGUGGAGCCUUGGGGUGGGGUGGGGGGUGGGGAGAGCUUCCCGAUAGGGAUCAAACAACAGCACCUAGCCUUAUUAGGUUUUAGGUUUUAGGUUUCAGCCCUGUAGCUUUGGAUUCUGUUGCCGAGAUGAGCUCAUAGCUUUUGGUGCUUUCUGCUUCCUUUGUAGUUUGUCAUUCUGGUGAUCGAUAGCACAGACCGUGAGAGGCUGACAAUGAGUAAAGAGGAACUGUACAAGAUGCUUGCUCAUGAGGUGAGUCUGCCUUGCCACACAGCAUACAGAGGGACGGUGAGGCUGUUUUGCAAGCUGUAUAUUAACCGUGAGCCAAUGAUGCUUGAUGACAACCAAAGUUGAGGGUUCCCAUAUUUCAAAAAGUGAAAAUCAGGACAAUUUGUUGAGCUUUUUUUUGGGGGGGGGCAAAGUUGUUGAGCUAUCUAUCUAUCUAUCUAUCUAUCUAUCUAUCUAUCUCUAUCCUUUCUUUCUCUCUCUCUCUCUCUAUUUGGCAAGAGAGAGAGAAAGAGAGAGGAGUUUUUGAGCUAUUUUUAAUUAUACAGUGGUACCUCGGGUUACAUAUGCUUCAGGUUACAUACGCUUCAGGUUACAGACUCCACUAACCCAGAAAUAGUGCUUCAGGUUAAGAACUUUGCUUCAGGAUGAGAACAGAAAUCGUGCUGUGGCGGCGCGGCAGCAGCAGGAGGCCCCAUUAGCUAAAGUGGUGCUUCAGGUUAAGAACAGUUUCAGGUUAAGAACGGACCUCUGGAACGAAUUAAGUACUUAACCCGAGGUACCACUGUAUUCGCCAAAAUCUACGCUACCAACAUGGGCUGCCAUACGUCCAGAUUUUCCCAGACACUUCAGCGAACCCUGCCAAAGUUGCUGGACUAAUGCUGCCUAAAGGCCUGACUUGCACGUGGCGAUUGAGAUGGCAGAGUUCUGUGGUGGUCCGAACGGACUGUUUUAUUUCAGACUGGGCGAGGAUCUCGUUUUCGAAUGUUCUGCUCUGGAACAAUCACCCCACAAGUAGAAAGCUAGCUUAGCAGGCAGCAGGUUCUGCAAGAGCCUUCCCUCCCCGGUCUGUCUUUGCAGGGAGUCUUCACAUGGCAACAGCGGCCUUCUCCCCAUGCUAAUAACGAUUCAUUCAUUCCCCACCCUGGAAUAACGCAUUCCAUUCUGCCAUCUCAUUCUGCUGCCUGCGUGUGUAUGCCAGCCUUGACAGCUGAGCACAAAUUGCCUCAGGGAAGAGGCCAAAUAUUCAUUAAGGUGCUUGAUGAUACAUCUCCAUCAGAAGUGAGGAACCUUUGGUGCUCCAGAUGUUGCUAAACUUCAACUCACCCAGCAAUGACAAAGGAUGAUGGGAGUUGUAGUUCAGCAACACCUGAGGCGGCCAGGAAAUACCUAGUUAUUUUAAACGAGUCCAAGUCUUAGGAGCAGAUCAGUUGUACUGAAGGAUCUUCUUGGUGUACUCUCAGAACCUUUUCCUAUCAUCUUUGAGAAAUCCUGAAAAACAGAUAAGAUGCCACAGGACUGGAGACAGACAUUGUUCCAAUCUUCAAAAAUGGAGGAAAGGAACAUCUGGAAAACUACAGGCCAGUCAGGCUGACUUUUGACACCAGGAAAAAGAUAUUAGAACUGAUGUUCAAGCAAGUCUAAUUGUAAGCAUUUUAAUAACAAUGCAGUGAUUAGGUGCUCACAUGAAUUUGUAAAGACUGAAUCCCAUCAAAUUAAUCUUAUUCCUUUUUUAAAUUGGUUUACUAGGAUAGUGGAUUGUGAGAAUGUUGUGGAAGUAAUUUAUCUUGAAUUCAGCAAAGGGCCCACCACAUAUAUUGGUUAGCAAACUGGCUAGAUAAUAAUCUCCACAGGUAAAUUGGCUAGAUAAUAAUCUCCUCAGGUAAAGUCACAGCAAAUUGAUUGGAUAAUAAUCUCCUCAGGUAAAUUCACAACUGGUAUGAGCAAUCUAAAAUCACCCAGUGAGCUCCAUGGCUGAGUGGGGAUUUUAAUCCUGGUUCAACACCCUAAGCACUACAGAAGCUGGUCAGACAAAUACGGUAAUUCAAAUGCUGCAGGUACACAGAGUUCAAAUGUGUAUCUUGCACAUAUUAUCUUCUGGUGUCCUAAGAUGGACCUACAUUUGGUUACUACAAAUAUUAAUUUGGCUGUCUAAGAAGAUUUUAUUUUUUUUAACGGAGUGACUCCCAUAUCUUUAAGCUGUUAGUUUUAUGGGUCAGUCCUGUGGUUUUGGGUGGGCAGUAGUGUGGGUCAGAGAGCUGGAUGUAAAGGGGGAAUUUUCUCAUUCCUCUCCCCAGGACCUACGUAAUGCAGCUGUGUUGAUUUAUGCCAACAAGCAGGAUGUCAAAAAUUCCAUGUCUACCUCUGAGAUCUCAAACUUUCUUACCUUGAGCUCUAUCAAAGACCACCCAUGGCAUAUUCAGGGAUGUUGCGCACUCACAGGAGAGGGGUGAGUACCACCCAUUUAGGCCAGUUCCGUAAUCUCUGGUUUGAAAUGGGCUUGUUUUAAACGAUCAAAAAAAUAUGAUUAGCCACAGUUUGUCAGGUCUGGAUGAAAUGACAAGGUGUAGCUAAUUGCAACAACACUAGAGGAGGGAGGAAGGGAGGAAUGUGUGAUCCAAGGGCUCAUGGCAGUUUGUUCCUGUCACGGUAAAACAAAAUAAACGAAGCACCUUCCUACAUCUGAGAUCUGGUGCUUUUUGGUGUUUUCUAGUGCUAAAACCCUUAAUUUGUGCAUUAAAAUUGUUUUAAUUGUCCAAAACCAGCUGUUUAAAAAACAACAACAAACACACACACACACACACAAGUAUUUAUAUAUAAAAGAAACUGCAAGUUACAAUUGGCAUCUUAAAUAUUGUGAGAUAUAUGUUGCCUUUCCAUGUUUUUUAAAAAAUAAUUUUAAGGAUGCUUUUAGUAAUGCUUUGCAGGCCUAAAGACCUCAAUUCAUAACUUAGCCAUUUUAAAAGGAUGUUUUUAAGCAACUGCCUGUAGAACAAGGUUUGCAAAUUUAGCAGAGCUCGUGUUAACCAUGUUUUUCUUUCAAUAAACCUUUGCUACUUCACCAAUUUUGCCCAGAAUUUAUUUUAAAGGAUCCUGGGACUUUAAGUCUUAGGCACCAGUGUUUUUAUCUCUUACAAAUCUGCAUCCUGAUUGUGGGGCAAAGGAGACAUAAAGGGUGGGACAGAAGGAGGAAUGCUAUACAAAGUCUUGUUUCUUUCUUACGAACAUAAAUUCGUUUACUGUAAUCAGUGAAAACUCAUAUAACCGAUCAGAGGUUUCUCUAAUCUGAUGACUGCCCUAAUAUUUUUCUAAUUGAAAAAUAUUAUCUGUUCCGUCCCCCAUUUUAGCCAACCUUUGUUAUUUCUGAUAAUGUGGCUUCACCAUUUUUGACUCAGGAGUCAUCCUCAGUUCUGCUUGUCGUUGGCCUAGAAAGUAAGAGUCCGAGAGGUUUUCCGCUUGUUCUGUGCUUUCUGUAGUUUGCCACUGAAUUGGAACAAAUGUCAGUCUGCAGAAAAACGGAUUGAUGUUUGGUAAACAGCAUGUUUCCCUAAAGGAAAGUAGGAGGACAGUGUGGGUGAGCCCUCAGUCUGGGCUUAGGAUGGAGAUAUGAUAAGAAGAACAAAUUAGGAGGAAGACUAGUGUUAACGGAAAAAUCCCGAGGGCUCCCUUGGACAAAAACAAAGACACCAACCAGGAUAACUUGGAGCAAAACAGCAGCCUGUACGCUUGGCCUUUAUUGAUCUGUUGCAACAUGGUGCUCCCCUCACCCGCAGGAGAGAGGAGGGACCCAGAAAAAUGGUGUGCAAGGCCUUAUAAAGACUUUUGAAAUUGCCACCCUGUAGAUCAAGACCACCCCCAGAAACAUCAUACAUACAUCACAGAAGGGGUUAACUUAAGACCACCCCUCAGAUACAUCACACCUACAUCACAGAAAGGAGGGGUUGAGGGAGGAGUCCUGUCACCUGGCUGGUUCCCCCUUUCCCCCUCCCCAUGAGUACUUUCCAGGUGACAGAGGGGAGUUUGCAGUUUCCUGCCCCCAGAGGGAAGAGCUGAUUAUUGUCCUUUGUUCCAGUCUGUGCUGAAUCCACUCCCAUAUGCAAGUUCUUUGUGAUCUUGAUGGUCUUCUGUCUAGGACCAUCAGGGCUGGCAUAGCAACUGGGCAGGGCUCCUGUGUAUGUGCUGGUAUGCUCAGGGGAUUAUGGCUGCCCUGUAUCAAACCUUCCCCAUUUUGUAGUCCUUCCUUCAUGGAGUAAAAUAAAAGUGGAACAGUGCAAAUCCGAUGUAUGGUUGAUUUUCUAUGAAUUUAUAACAGAAGCGUGCGUAUGUAGUGUGUGUGAAGUUUGUACAAACUGAAUGAUUGGGGGGUGGUGGUUCUAGGCACUUGUCCCUUGGCAGACAGUAGUGAUAAUAUGGGUUGUUUACUAGGAGCUGUGCUUUGUGAUUUCCCCAGCACUAACUUUUCCUCUCUACUCCCUGCAGCCUUCCAGCUGGUUUAGAAUGGAUGAUUUCUAGAGUUGCAGCCAAGUGA